CGGCGGUAAUUCUGUGUAUCCCAAGUCUCCCUCUGAGAAAUGUGAACAAAAAAUAUGGCGGAGAAAAAGUCCACUUCAAAACCUAACCUUUUUGACGAUGGGAAACUCGAGAAAGCAGAGACGCCUUUGGAUUUUUUAUCCCGGACCGGCGUAACAACCCAAAUGAAAGAAGUCGUCAAACUCCUGAUGGAAAACAGACCCGAGGAUCCACUAAUAUUCCUGGCUGAGUAUUUUGACAACUUGGCUGAUACGGCAACUGCAUUAAUGCAAGCUCACCAGAAAUUGCUUCUUGUCCAUCAUUCCCAACCUGCAUUUUACAGUAAUCUCAUGGAAGCGUAUGACACCCUCAGUCACCAAAAAGGGAGCAAUGGUCUUAGAGGUCUCACUGGGAAAAGUUACAAUGAUCUACUUACUCUUCUUUGCAGGGACCUGACUAAUACAGAAGCAGAGCCUCUUCUCAAGCAAAUAACCUGCUUUGAUCAUGAGGUCAUUAGAUUCCUUGUAUUUAGAUGUGGGGUUCUCUCUGUCCUAGUGUACCAAGAUUUCCUUAAGCAAGCUGAUUCAUUAUAUGAUGAACUGGAUUUAUAUGAAAGAGGUAAAGCUGAUAAACAGUUGUGUGAGGUGUGUUUGGAUCAGUUGUCAAAGGCUGUGGCAACAACAUCUCUUUCAGAUCCAAUAAGUGUCCUCCAUGCUGGAACAUACAUCAGUGCAAAGUCUUUCCAAAAGUCAGCUCUUGGGGUGCUAUCAAAGGGAGGUCAAAACCGUAAAACAAUAAGCAAAGAAGAAUUUGUCGCUGCAGCUGCAAAAAUGUUUUUAUCACAGGUCCCAGACUUCAGAUAGCGCUCAUGGUCCCAGCAAAUGUUUCACAAGGAAGCCACCGCAAAUGGCUCACAACAGCUGAAAUGAAAAUAGGGGAUGUCUGGACAAAUCUUGUGUGGUGCCAUAAACCCAAAUAGCAUCUUGUCCAU